CUCAAAGCACUGGACAACCCGUCUUUACCUUUCAAUUAACAAAGAAAAUAUUGAAAUAUCUUUAGAAUUUCUCACAUAUCAACUUGAAAUCAGCACUAUUGACCAUGGGAUCCGCAAUGUCUAUCUCGGUCCGCAAGAAGACAGUCCUCUUCAAAGAUGGGCCGGACACUGUGGGCCACUUGAUGGAAGUCCAGACCGGUAAGAGCGCAAAAGACAAGACUCUGAAGCGCUACUCGCCAUGGAGGCGGAUUGUGAAGAAGAAGAGCUCCAAGAAGGAGCAGGCUCACGAGAACACCAACCAAAACAACAUUAUCCAUCUGAGUAAUGAGAACCUGGAGAAGUCUCAGUCCUUCUCCAACCUGUCCUGCCUCACCCUGGAGACGUCUCAGUCCUGUGACAAGCUGUCAACCCAGGACCAGAGCGCUCCAGCCAUCUCCAAGAACGCCGCCUCGUCGGUCGAGAAGGCCCCCAUAUCCAACUCAAACACGGCCCCCGACACGCCCCAGAUGGUGACCGUCCAGGACCUCGACACGCCCAGGAGGUUGGUGAUGGUCCACGCUACAACCGGCGAGCUGCUGCGCUGCCUGGGUGAGUUCCUGUGCCGGCGCUGCCACCGGCUCCAGGACAUGUCUUCCAUGGACCCGGUGCUGUGGCUGCGGGUGGUGGACCGUUAUCUGCUGGACAACUGCUAUCAGAACCAGAGCUGCAUCAAUCCGGCCGCUGUGGUCUUCCUCUACAUGCUGUGCCGCGAGGCGGUUUCCUCCGAGGUGGCCACCUUGCAGGAGCUGCAUGCCGUGCUGCUCACCUGCCUCUACACGACCUGUUCCUACAUGGGCAACGAGAUCGGCUACCCCCUGAAACCCUUCCUGGUGGACACCUGCAAGCAGACCUUCUGGAUCCGCUGCAUGACCAUCACCAAGCUGAUGAGUGUGAAGAUGCUCCAGAUGAACACAGACCCUAACUUCUUCUCCCAGGUGUUUGCUGACCUGAAGAAUGAGAGCCAGAAGGAGGAGAAGAAGAGCCGCCUGCUCAGCGGCGUGUACAGCACUCAGUGAGGGACCUAGGGUAUAGGGGCCAGGGGAGGGUGAGGUCCUACUACAGACUGACAUUUUAAAAUGGAAGGGAGGAGGACUGGUUGAGGGAGUGGGAAGAGUGUGAGCUUUGAUGGGAAAAUAUGAUUUAUAGAUUUUAAGGGUUAAUAUGAGGGUUAAUUUGGCUUGAAAGAGAACACAAAUCGGUAGCUAUGAAUGUGUGGAGGACUGAGGCUUGAGCUUACUAUCUACAGUACCAGCUGACUGUCUGAUGUGUGCACUGCCUACCACGGGAGGAUUGGAGGCACCCUUGAGUGACUGGGCA